UGUUUUCCCCUGUUUUCUCAUUCACCCCAACACCCUGAACAGAGUUCAUAAGUUUAAGUUUUGAUCAUGGCUAAGAAUGAUGUGAAGCUUAUAGGAGCAUGGCCGAGCCCAUUUGUGUUGAGGGCUCGGAUUGCCUUGAACGUCAAGUCUGUAGAGUACGAAUUUCUUGAGGAGAUGUUGGGAACCAAGAGCGAGCUUCUGCUCAAAUCGAACCCUGUUCACAAGAAAAUCCCGGUUCUGAUUCAUAACGACAAACCCAUCUGUGAAUCUCUUAUCAUUGUGGAGUACAUCGACGAGGCUUGGGCCUCUGGCCCGUCCAUCCUGCCUUCUGAUCCCUACGACCGCGCCAUUGCCAGAUUCUGGGCUGCUUAUAUUGAUGAGAAG